AUGAAGGCUGUCCUCCUCACCCUGCUGGCCAUCGGUUUGGCCCUGCGGCCAGUGCUUCCCACUAACGGGGGUCCCAGUUUGCAGUGGGCUCUUGUGCUCUUGCACACUCCCAGCAACCUGGAAGCUGUGACAGAUGAGAAAAGGAGGCUGCUUCCCCACUCUGAGCACCCCCACCCCCCAGGCACCGCCCUGCAGUGCUUCUCCUGCAAGGCCCGGGCGAGCAACCACGAUUGCCAGUAUGUGCGGAACUGCACUGACUCUGAGACCUACUGCUGGACCAAGCACAUCCGUGCUGUUGGCAACGUGACGACCAUUAGCAAGGGCUGCAGCUCACACUGUGUGGAGGACUCGCAGAGCUACUCCAUGGGCAAGAAGAACAUCACGUGUUGCUCCACUGACCUGUGCAACGCCAACGGGGCCCAUGCCCUGCAGCCAGCUGCUGUCACCCUUGCACUGCUCACCGCUUUCGGUGGCCUGCUGCUCUGGGGCCCCAGCAGGCUGUAGGAUCCGGGAGGACCCCACUGUGCCCCACACGGGCUGUCAGUGCCCAGGGGCCCCGGAGCACUCUUCGCACACGCCUGGCCCAGUUGAGGCCCCUCCUAGACCCUAACUCAGGUGGCCCAUGCCCCUCUGCCCCUUCCAGCCUUCCAUGGCUCCCUCCAGAAGCCCUGCCCAGCUCCUACUGCUCAGCAGGCUGGGUUCUAUUGAUGCGGCACUGUUCCAAGUCGAUAGAACCCAGCCUGCACGCAGGCCAUCCAACCCCCAUGUUGCAGCCUACUCCUUAACCCUUGCUCGGGCAUCUCUUCCUCCAGGAAGCCUUCCCUGCCCCACCCCCUCCAUCAGCUGAGCCAUGUUCCACCCAUGGUGUCCCCUGCAACCAGCAAGGAGCAGGCACUCAGGAGGGCCCCACAAAGGCUGAGUAGAAUUAGGGG